AUGGUAUACUGUCGCUAUUUCGACAGAAACCGAAGUGAACUACGCAAAGCUUUCAAAAGCGUGGUAUUUCCUGAAUACAACGUACAUUGCCUACGACGAGACGGGGCCGCGUUCAUGUCUUUGUCAGAUACGCCGUCGGGACCGUAUGAGUUUCCAGUGCCAAUUAUUGAUCGGACACAAGCAGCAGGAGUUUCAGAGCCAGACCACUUUUUUUCCGUUUGCGUAGCUCCAAUAUAUGGGAAUGAAUCAAAGUGGAUCUUACUUGCUGAACUUAUAGAGCACUACAAACUGCAGGAUUGUCUUCUUCGGGCUCGUCGACAUUCACGAUGGAUAGCGUUUAUAGAUCUGGAUGAGCGAUUGACUCUAACUAAUGUAGCAGGAAUCAUUUAUGACUAUUUGAAAAAUAUCUCUGAUCCUUCUUUUGGUGGUAUUCAGUUUAGGCAAAGAUGGAUUUUGAAAAACGAAUCAUCACCGGAACGCUAUGCCAACGAGGAUCAGGUGUUAAUAAUGAAUGUACACUUUGUCACUAAAUUCCUGAAAGGUUACCGAAUGUAUCGUCUUAAACCAGAAGAAGGAGUGGUCAGGUAAGG